AUGCUCCUGUCUGAAGCUGGGUCUGUGCCCUCCUCGUCCAAAUCCAGUAUUAAAGACGCCAACGAUGCCUCAGGGAACACAUGGAACUGGCUGUACUUCAUCCCCCUCAUCAUCAUCGGCUCCUUCUUCAUGCUGAACCUGGUGCUGGGAGUGCUCUCCGGGCUGACGUGGAAACCGCCUGUAAAACACCGUACUCCCACCCCGGCUGAGCACGCGGGCUUCCCCACGUCUGUAUGGCUCCCGCGGGAUCCACGCACCGGCGCCCCGCGGGAUCCACGUCGGCAUCUGCACCGGGGCUCCCGAGGGAUCCACGGCUGCAUCUGCACCAUCACCGGGGCUCCCGCGGGAUCCACGUCUGAAACGCACCGGGGCCUCCCCGCGGGAUCUACGUCUGCAGCGCACCGGGGCUCCCGCGAUCCACGUCUGCAUCUGCACCUGCACCGGCUUCCCGCGGGAUCCCACGUCCUAAAGCGCACCGGGCUCCCGCGAGAUCUACUAACGUCUGCAUGCGCACCGGGGCCCCGCGGGAUCACGGUGCAUCGGCACCUGCACCGGCUCCCGCGGGAUCCACGUCGCACGCGCACCAGGGCUCCCGCGGGAACCACAGCACGGCGCACGGGGACUUAUUUAUAUAUCUGCUGGGUGCUACCAGGGUGUUGA